AUGGUUGCCGUGUGGUUGCCGUAUGUGGCGUCCCUAAUCCUGUUUAACCAGGUGUUUCGACACGGGGAUCGCUCGCCCAUUGAGUCCUACCCCAGAGACCCCCACGGGGAGGAGGUGUGGGGGCAGGGCUUCGGACAGCUCACUGAGCUGGGGAUGAAGCAGCAGUUUGAGCUGGGCAGGUUUCUACGGAGGAGAUACGGAAACUUUCUGAGCGACGACUUCAACAACAAAGAGAUCUACGUGAGGAGCACGGAUUACGAUCGGACCCUGAUGAGCGCUCAGUCCUGUCUGGCCGGGAUGUUUCCUCCGACCAGACGCCCCCCUCCCAUCGCGCCCCAGUUACCGUGGAGACCCAUCCCAGUGCACACGGUCCCCCGCGCCAACGACAAGCUGCUGAGGUCUCCUGGAAAAGACUGUCCACAUUUCCGCUCUUUGAUGACAGAGACUUUUGAGAGUUCACCGUACCAGAAGUUCCUCAGGGCUCACCAGUAUUUUGUGGAGGGUCUGGCCAACCACACUGGGUAUCCUGUGUCCAAACUGAUCGGCAAGAAAAUAUGGAGAGUCUAUGACACACUGAACUGCCAGAGGAUCCACAAUCUGACUCUGCCGCGAUGGGUGAACCGGGACGUCCUGCUCACGCUGAAGAAGAUCGCGUCCUUCGAGGUCAUGUACAGCAUCCUGGACCACAAGAGGAAAGAGAAGGCUCGGCUGUCCGGCGGGGUCUUGUUAAACGCCAUCCUGAGGAAUUUCUCCAAAGCCGUGGAGCAAGGAAGCACGCUCAAGUUCAUUAUGUACUCGGCUCACGACUCGACCCUCAUCACGCUGCAGGCGGCUCUGGACGUCUACAACGGCCUGCUCCCUCCGUACGCCGCCUGUCAACUCUUUGAAUUCUACCAGGAAUACGAUGGAUCUUAUUCGGUGGAGCUGUAUUACCGGAAUGACUCCACGCAGCUGCCGUACCCCAACCCGGUCCCGGGGUGCAGUGGGCCCGCCCCCUGCCCUCUGACCCUGUUCAAAGACCUGGUGCAGGACGUGAUGAUGGACGACUGGGAGGCCGAGUGCGGGUUCGCCCUCAAGAUGUCAAGUACAGGUGUCAUCACGGCUCUGGCAGUAGCAGUGGGCAUACUGGCGGUGGCGCUGUUGUUCAGUAUUUCGUACAGGGGUGUGCUGUAA